AUGACUAUCCGCGACGCGAUAACCUCUAGCUCCCAGCCAACUCAAGGCGACCCCAACAUCUCAUGGCCGAUCGAACGUCUCUCCAACCCCUCCGAUGAAUGGCAUCCUUUAUACCCCUCUGGCUCUGCUGACCACGACAGCAACCCUUCCUCUGAAAGCAGCGAUGAAUCAUCCGUGGACAGCUCCAUCUACCCCGAUGGAACGAAAUCGCUUUCUGGCAUCUCUCUACGCGCCUUUCUGCUCGGUAUAACCCUCAGCUUGGCUACUAGUCUCACUAUCCUUUUAAUGACUAUCUUUCCAACUCCAUUCUGGCGUGUCCCAUCCUUCAUCGCCACCCUGAGCCUCUUCCACUUCCUCGAGUUUUUCGUUACGGCCCGGUACAACACACACGCUGCGACAGUGAGCGCAUUCCUGCUAUCCUCAAAUGGAUGGGCCUACAAUGUCGCGCACGGCUCUGCCAUUGUAGAGUGUAUCGUAACAAACUGGCUGUGGCCCGAUUGGAGCAAUCAGACCACUCUCGGAAAGUUAUUGACGGUGAAAGAGCCGCUUUUCGGAUCUUCAAUCUCGCUGCCCCUCGUUGUAGGCUUGCUUAUAACGGCUGUCGGACAGGUGGUGCGUACUAUUGCCAUGGCACAGGCUGGAAGUAACUUCAAUCACCACGUGCAGUCUGAGCACCGGGCUGGCCAUGUACUUGUCACGAAAGGGUUGUAUCAUAUUUUGCGCCAUCCGAGCUACUUUGGAUUCUUUUGGUGGGGAAUCGGUACUCAGCUGGUUCUGGGUAAUGUUGUGUGCUUGGUCGCUUAUGCUGCUGUGUUGUGGAGAUUCUUCUCGACCCGAAUUAAGCGCGAGGAGGCGUUUUUGAUCCGCUUCUUUGGUGCUGAGUAUGUGCAGUACAGACAGGCUACCCCGGUCGGUAUUCCUGGCAUUCAUUGA